AUGUCGCACUGUCUUAUGUUCUCCACCUCGGAUCUCGCGAACGCCAAAGUCCGCGGGGACUCGUCCAUCGACCCCCAGUACGAGAUCAAGACGGUCUACGACAAGGACGCGCAGCCUCACCCGCGCCUCGCCACCGUCAUCCGGAACGCGGGAGGGAAGGAGGUCGGCGUCUGGACACGCAAGUGGGCGCGCGAGCCCGACCGCGUCUCGAUACGCGGGGGCGCGCCUGUGCGGCUGCUCGAGUGGCUGUCGCUCAGCUCCGGAUUCACCAGCGCGCGCACGUUCCGCGCGCCAGACGGGCGCACGUAUGCGUGGAAAGAGCAUAUGUUCUCCACGUCUUUGAAGCUCGUGGAUGGAGAGUCUGGGCGCACGGUCGCGACCGCCAAGAAGGGACCGCGGCGCAUCGAGUACGAACCUGAGGUCGUGCCAAUCCUUGACGCGGUGCUCAUGGCAUACCUCGUUUGCGUCGAGCGGCAGCGUGCGUCGUCCAACUCGACGAAGGGGACGGUCCAGGCGUUGGCUGGGGGCAUCCAAUAG